GCAGAAGGCAAUACAGAUGCAUCAAAUGCUGGGCAAGAAAACAAGGUUUCCAAUGGACAGACUGCCACCAAACCAGCCAGAGAAGCAGAGAAGCCUUCGGCAGAGACACCGCCUUUCCAAGACCCUCGAGUCCCCUUUCCUUUUUUUUCUAGAUUGACAGAGAAAGAGCAAAGGAGGUACCUGUUCCUCCUCUCAAAGUUCGAAAACCCCAACAACGUGGAUCCCUCCAGACAGAAAGAUUACCCGCAAUAUCUGCAAAUGAAAGAAUUUGUCAGCAAAGAAGUUGCGGAGUUCUUGAAGUUCGCCCAAAACGCGGCCAAAAGCUGCACUAAAGAUUACGAGGACAUCUCCGAGGAGGCGUUGCUUUACAGCAAGAAAUUCUUAAGCUCCCGCCUCGAUUGUGUGAAGAAGUAUCCAGAGUCGUACACAUUGUGUGAAAUAACCAGCAUCAUGGGAGGAAAAUUUAGCCCUGAGCUGACACUUACGUUGGAAAAAAGCCUUCUUGCCUUGGGAAAAGUGAACCUCGUUAAGAGACACUUUCCAAAACUGCCGGCCUCAAUCCAGUUACCUGUUCGUCACUGUAAAGCCGAUGUGGGAAUGGACACGCCGGAGCAGAGGGCUGCUGCAAUGCACAACGAUGUGAGCACAGAUGCCAAUGCUGAAAAACUUGCGGCGAAAUACUGUCCUCAGGUGGUCCUCACCGCCGAAUCGUUAUAUACUUUGCUGAACAAUCACGGCCUGGAUUAUAAGGAACAAUGGGAACUCCCCGUUUCUGUGAAAAUGCUUUCGGUUCCAGGCCGCAAACCCGUUAAAGUGGUCUACAUCGACCCCCCUCUCCCAAAGAAAGAGAUGACCGUUCGAGAGAAGAACCAGGUUUUCCAUGAAUCCCUGGCCAGUUUUCACACAACGAAACAAUCCACGGUUUUGGCCCAUGCGGCAGUCUUGGACAAGCUCCCAGAGAACCCAUUGGAGGCCUCAUUUGAAACCUGUCACAGCAGACCUGUGCAGGUAGACGAUUCUGCGGAUCUGGACUUCGGUACCGAUGUCACGGAGCUGGAAACUUUUGGCUCGACACCUAAGUUUCUGAAUCCUUCCAAAGCAGAGUGCAUCACCCAUAAGAAGCUUGGCGCUCUAUCCAAAAUGGCACCGGAGCAGCCAAAAACAUGGAAAGAUGCAGCGGCGGAAACGGAUAGGCGCGGAAAGAGCAAACCCAAGUCUCAAAGCAGUUGGGAUUUUAGUGACAGUUUGUCAUUAUUGGGUUCCGAUCAUGAGCAAAAUUCAUCCAGGUUGAUGGAAACCGAACCAGAUGGAGAAAGAGUUGCUGUUGUAAACAAGAGCGAUGCGGACAGUAAUACUUCUUCUCUGGACAUACAAAAUAACGUAAAGGAAGGAGUUGAUGUCCUCAAAGAGGAGAAUCCGGCUGUUCUUUCUUGCCGCAGCGAUACUGACGACGAGCCUCUUAUCAUUGACACGGAAUGUAGGAAGAGCAAUCCGGAUGAAUCGGGGCCAAUUCUUUCUGAUCCAAACACUCCUCCCUGCUCUAGAGGAGCCCUAACAGGAAAGUCAGAGGAUCCAGGGAAGAUUGAGCCAGGAACCACAGGAAGAAAAGAACCGCCGCAGGAAACGAACGCUCCUCCCAAACGUUGCCGGCGACUGUCUAAAAAGUGCGAUCCACUCGGGCAGAUUUUGAAAAUGCAGACCCAGCUCCUGAAGCCGCCUUCUCCGGACUUGAGCUUUGAGAGGUACUUGCAUCCCGUUCUACCAAGCCAGGAAAAUCCACUGCUAAAAUCCUCCGUGUCUUCCACUCCGAAUGUGGAACAUAGUGAUCCAGGGAGCGCACCCAAGUUAAAUUGGACAAAAUACUUCCAAGGAUCUCAGAAAGGGGAGCUUUGGGACGCCCCUGAAGACCGUUCCUGUUACGAACCCCCUCCCCAGGACAACCAGGUCUACAAACUCUUCAGCCUGGAUGACCUGCUGCUGCUGGUUCGGUGCCGGAUUCACAGAGUCGAGGUGCGGCCGCGCAACAAGAAAGCCAAAGUCCGGAGGCACUGUCCAGUUUUUGUCUUGCCGAAGCUAGAAUAUCAAGCCUUCUAUGGAGCGGAAGCAUUGACCGAAGGCGAGGUGUGUCGGCUGUGGAUGGAGGGCUUGCUGCAUUCCAACACUUCAUACACAAUUGGUCAUAUCGAUGCCUUAACGUCCAAUCUUUUCCUGCUUGAACAAUUCCCUGCCGAAGGGUUGAAGAAAAGAUUUGGAACAUUUAAGCCAGCAAAUUCACUGAAUAUUCUCCAACAUAUCUUGAAGAUAGUGACUGGUUUGCAGGAGGGCUCCUACCUCUUGGCUCAUGCGGCCGGGGACUCGUGUGUUUCCAUCUAUAAAAGCUCUCCAGACAAAGCCAACAGAAGGACGUACAACUUGCACGCGGCUCAUUCCGACCUUCCUGGCGUCCCGGCGUCUCUUUCGGUCCCCUGGAUCCCACUUGACCCCAGUGUCCCUUUACCGUAUCACUUUGUCCAAGGGAGGGUCCCGUGCACGUUCCCUCCGAUGCCGCCGCAUGCCACAAAGAACCAGAAGGGUAAAGCACAGCCAGCGGGCACUCCUAGCCGCAGGGAGACGCUUCCCCUGGAAACAAACAACCACCCGCCGCCGACUCAUCCUUUGCAAAAAAGACGUGGUGGUGCCAUCGCAGAGAACCCGAGCGGCUGCACACAGGCCAAUCCGGGGCCAAACUGGAAAGUCUGGAAGAAACCCAAGAAUGAGAUGACUUAGUCAUGCAGCAGGAAAGAGGAGGUCUCUUUGCAGGGCAAAAAAAUAAAUAUAUUUAAAGGCACAUGCAAUAUAUAAAAAUGGGUGGAAACUCAGGGCAGGAAGGAUUCUUGAUGUGAAACCCUUUUUUUAUAGUAAAACUAGCCGUCCCCUGCCAGGCGUUGCUGUGGCCCAGUCUGGUGAUCUGGAAAAUAAAGUAAUGAGAAAGUGUUGGUUUCUAA